AUGAUCGCCGGGGCCAUCCUCACCCAGGCGGCCGCGUGGCGGAACGUGGAAUUGGCGUUGGACAACCUGCUGUCCGCUGGGAUAGACGGGUGGCCGGAGAUCCACGCAUUGCCCGUCGAGGCGCUGGCCGAACUGGUGAGGCCGUCCGGUUACUUCAACGCCAAGGCGCGCAAGCUGAAGGCGUUUGCAGCUCACGUGUGCGAGCGCUACGGCGGCAGCCUGGACGACAUGUUCGCGGCGGACACGGAGACGGUACGGGGUGAGCUUUUGGGCAUUUACGGGAUAGGGCCGGAAACUGCGGACGACAUCCUGGUGUACGCGGCCGGGAAGCCGUCUUUCGUUAUCGACGCCUACACCAUCCGGAUCCUGAAGCGGGUCGGACAUUCACCGAUGGAGCGCGACAACUACCAAGGGUGGCAGGCGUUGUUCCAUGCCAACUUGCCGGCCGAUGUCUCCCUGUUCAAUGAGUUUCACGCCCUGUUGGACCAUCACCACAAGGCCGCCUGCACGAAGAAUGCGCCGCGCUGCCACGGUUGUUGUCUGCUGGACAUCUGCGCGCACGGCAGCAGCAGCAUUCAGGGGUCACCGGUGCUAUGA